AUGCAUAAUAUUUCAGAAGUCACUGAAUUUAUCCUUGUGGGAUUAUCAGAUGCUCCAGGCCUACAGAUCCCUUUAUUUAUCAUCUUCAUUUUUAUUUAUUUGACCACAUUGUUUGGUAACCUUGGCAUGAUUGGGUUGAUUCUCUUGGACUCUCGCCUCCACACUCCUAUGUACUUUUUUCUCAGUAACCUCUCAUUGGUGGACUGCGUUUAUGCCUCAGCUGUCACUCCGAAGGUAAUAGAAGGGUUUCUCACUGAAAACAAGAUCAUAUCCUACAACGCAUGUGCUACACAGAUGUUCUUCUUUGUAGCCUUUGGUGCUAUUGAAAGUUUGAUCCUUGCCUCAAUGUCCUAUGACCAUCAUGCUGCAGUGUGCAAACCCCUGCACUAUACUACCAUUAUGACAAGUACCACCUGUAUUCUAAUUGUCACCAGCUGCUACAUGUGUGGGAUCUUGCAAUCCUCUAUCCAUGUUGCUCUUGCAUUUCGUCUUUCAUUCUGUCAUUCCAAUGUGAUUAAUCAUUUUUUCUGUGACAUUCCCCCACUGCUGACUAUCUCUUGUUCUGACACCCAAACAAAUGAGAUUACACUCCUUGUCUUGGCUACCUUGGAUGUUGUCUUCACUCUCUUAGUUAUCUUAAACACUUACCUGCUUAUUUUCAUUGCUAUCCUGAGGAUGCGUUCAGCUGAAGCACAGAGGAAGGCCUUCUCUACUGGUGCAUCUCAUCUCAUCACUGAGUCCAUCUUCUUUGGUUCCCUUAUAUUUAUGUACUUACAGCCCAGCUCCAAUCAUUCCAUGGACACAGACAAAGUUGCAUCUGUGUUUUAUACCAUGGUCCUUCCUAUGUUGAACCCUGUGGUGUACAGCUUGAGGAACAAUGAGGUCAAAAAUAUAUUUAAGAGGGCUGUUGAAAAAUUAAUAUUUUCACUUCAUCUAGCCAACUAA